GUGUAGCCCUGGCCAGGCUCUUGCACUGCCCAAGGUAUAUCCUUUCAACAAAUACCUAUUUUGUUCCUUUUGCUCUGUCUGUCUCUGUUUCGGGUCACCUUUUCCCGGCAUCAGUUUGAUCCCAUGCAGAUUUUUGAACUCUAGUGAAAAACAGCUAUAAAGAAAGUUGCAGACAGCUGUGAAUGAGGUGAACAGAGCAGUGGUAACAGAUUUCUUCUUGUCUGUGUGAGUACUGAGUGGGAAGCACAAGGGUGGAGUCUGGCAUGGAGGAGAUCCCAGUUAAAGUUGCAGUCCGAAUCAGACCUCUGCUUUCCAAAGAAAUACUUCAUAACCACCAAGUGUGUGUCAGAUUAGUCCCAAAUGCUAAACAAGUUAUUAUUGGAAAGGACCAUGUCUUCACUUUUGAUUUUGUAUUUGGCAAAAACUCAACCCAAGAAGAAGUUUAUGCUGUUUGCAUUAAGCCUCUUCUAGUGUCUCUCACUGAAGGAUACAAUGCUACAGUGUUUGCAUAUGGACAAACUGGUUCUGGGAAGACUUACACCAUCGGCGGUGACCACAUUGCAUCACUUGCAGUGGAUGAAAGGGGCAUAAUCCCACGGGCUAUUCAGGAAUUAUUUCAUCAUAUUUCUGAACAUCGUAAUAUUAACUUCCAUGUGAAGGUAUCCUAUAUAGAGGUUUACAAGGAAGAACUUCGAGAUUUGUUGGAUUUGGAGACCUCUGUAAAAGAACUGCAUAUCCGAGAAGAUGAGAAGGGAAAUACAGUGAUUGUCGGUGCUAAGGAAUUCCAAGUGGAAUGUGCAGAUGAAGUGAUAAGCCUGCUGGAAAGUGGCAAUGCAGCUCGUCACACAGGCACAACACAGAUGAAUGAGCACUCUAGUCGGUCUCAUGCCAUUUUUACCAUCAGUAUUCAUCAGAAACAGUCUGCAGAGUAUCAGAAAAAUACUGAUGCUGCACAGGAUUCGAUCGCUUCAAAGUUUCAUUUUGUGGAUUUGGCAGGAUCAGAGAGGGUAGCAAAGACUGGAAAUACUGGUGAACGCUUCAAAGAAUCAAUUCAGAUCAAUAGUGGCCUCUUGGCCUUGGGAAAUGUCAUCAGUGCCCUUGGAGACCCUAAAAGGAAAAGUGUGCAUAUUCCAUAUAGGGAUGCUAAAAUCACUCGUAUUCUGAAAGACUCCCUUGGAGGAAAUGCCAAGACUGUUAUGAUAACAUGUAUAAGUCCAUCCUCACUGGACUUUGAUGAAUCUUUAAAUUCCCUCAAAUAUGCCAACAGAGCCAAAAAUAUUAGAAAUAAACCAGUAGUAAAUUACAACCCAGAAAAAGACCGAAUUGAUGAAAUGGAACUCGAAAUCAGAUUGCUUCGGGAAGCUUUGCAGAGCCAACAGGUCAGUAAUCAGCAUUUACAUGAUUUAAAUGAAGAAAAAGCCCGAAUCACUUCACUUGAGGAGCAGCUCACCCGCCUUCAGGUUCAAUAUUUCAGUUACAGAAAUUGUGUAGACGAAGCCUUCCCCUUUCUGGUUGAUUUGAAUGAUGAUGUUAGCUUAAGAAGAAGUCAGCGGGACAGGUUGCAGAGCUGGAUCUCUAUGGUAGAGAAAGUAAGGAAGGAAGCUCUCACCAUCCAGGAAACUGAUGCAGAGACUGAGACCAGCCCAGUACCGCAUCACAUCACAAUUCUUCAGCUGAAGAGGGAGCUAAAGAAAUGCCAGCAGGUACUAGUUAUGGAUGAAGAACUAUUUAGCCAGAAGAAUCAUGAAGUGCAGAUACUGCAGAACCAGAUAAAGACAUUACUACAAGAAAAGAAAGAACUACAGGAAUUUUUAAAGGAGGCUCAAGAAACACAAAGAUUACAGACUGAGAAAAUGGUGCAGCAGCAAAUGCUCAAUGAUCAGCUAAAAUUGAAAUUAGAGAAGUUUACAGAUAUGAAAGCUUUUGAUAUCCCAAGUGCUUAUGAGGAUGGCCCAGCUGUCAUGGCAUUUGCUAGGAGGCCCUGCAGUGUCCCAGUCACAAAAAACCUGCUACGCCCCCUUCACCUUCCUUCAGGGACCAAGAUCCAAAAGGGGUAUACCAGCCCCCCUGUCUUGUCCCUGGCGCAGAUAAUGGCAGAAUUCCAUGUUCGCAGACAGAUUAUACUGAGCAAGUUAGAAGAUCAAGAUAAAGUCCUUCACCACCACCUCUGUGACCAGAGUGAUGAAGAGAAAGACAAUACAGGCAGUGAAGAGAAAACCUCAUAUAAGCGUUCCAUGAACCAAACAUGGACACAAAAUGACACUUCUCUGUGCUUCCUUCCUGAUGAAAGAGACAUGAAAUGUCAAGCAGACAAGUCUGGUUUGUCCAAUAAACCUGCGCUACAAACUGACACAACCACAGGUGAAGAGAUUGACAGCCUCCAGAAAACCCACGUUUUUAACAUGCAGAAGUUAAAGAAUUCAGAGUUGAGACUUGCUGAGGCUGAGCAAAAAAUAAGAGAACUUGCACUUACUAUCAAAAGCAAAGAGAACCUCAUUAAGGAGUUAGUAAGAACAGGUAAGGAUGCUCAGUCUGUAAGCAGUCAGUAUUCUUUGAAGGUAAGUAAACUGGAGCAAGAAAUUGAGCAGGCCAAAACAGAGCUGGCUGAAACGCAAAGACAGCUUCAGGAGCUGGACAAUAAAGAGCUGAGAGACAUUCCUGAGAAAGACAUGUUACAGAAAGAGUGCCAGAAGAAGAUGGAGGCAGCUAAGUUGAAAGUGCAGACCUUACAGAAGAAGCAGCAAGACACCAAGAAUUUGGCUUCAUUAUCUAAACAAAGUGAGAGAGAAGCAAGAGAACUUGAGCAGAAAGUGGCUCAGAUGAAGCAUCAGCAAUCCCAGAUACAGAAGAAACUGUGUGAGGAGAGUGAAAAGAAGAAGCAGCUGGAAGCAGAGCUUCAGCAGGACCAGCAACAAAUUAAAGAACUUCAACUUAAGAUGGAGCAACAACAGAAGAUCCUUAAACUUAAGGAUAAAGAAAUUGCUGCUUUUAAGAAGAAGAAAAAUAACACAGUGGGAACUCCACGGAAACUACAGAAAUUAGAACAGCAGAAGAAGUGGCUGGAUGAAGAAAUGGAAAGAAUUCUUCAACAGCACCAACAGUUAGCAGAACUAGAAGAAGACUUAAAGAAGAGAGAAGCCAUUGUAGCAAAAAAAGAAGCAUUAUUGCAAGAGAAAAGCCACCUGGAAAUCAAGAAACUGAGAUCUAGCCAGGCUUUAAACAAAGAUAGUAUGAAAUUGUCUACCCGCUUAAGUAUGCUGGAUCAGGAGUUGUGUGAUAAAAGUAUGCAGCUUCAGGGCAGCACCACUGAAGAUAAGUCAGACAUUUUGGAAAAAAUUCAGGCUCUCCAAAUGGAAAGGGAUCAGCUGCUCAGAAGGAGAGAUAGUAUGGAUGAGAAAAUGAAAGAUGGUAAAGUGUUGUCAGUUGAAGAAGAACAUAUUCUUUUCCAGCUAGAAGAAGGAAUUGAAGCCCUUGUAGCUGCAAUUGAUUACAAGAAUGAAAGUAUUCAUAAUCGCCAGCACUUGCUUAGGUCAUCUUCUCAGAGUCUUUCACAGAGCAAGCAUAAUGUAAUAGGGAAACUAGUUUCCCUGACUGCUGCUGAGCUCAGAGCUAUCAUCAUAAGUUAUUUCAACAAGGUUUGUUUUGGCUAAUGAAUAAUAUUUUAUUCCAUUUUCUAUUACUAUUCUAGAUAUUGACAUUGUGGCAAGAAAU